CCAGUACACUGCGUUUAUCGACGGCACAACGAGGUCGUUGAAUUUAGCUUGCCGGUGGUGUGAAGGGUGGUGGCCAGUUGCUUGCCACGACUGUUUCGGCCCAGUUAAUCGCUUCUGCAUCAGCCCUGAGGGGUCCUCAAUGGUUGGGUUUCCGAUCGGCUGCGAUAACUUUUAUGAAUUUCCUUCCUCCAUGACCCAUGCUGUGGACCCAUCAAGCGAAUGAGUGGUUGAAGACCGUACUCAAAGCAUGGCCGCGCGGAAAAACAUCAUACCUGGAGGCUACCGCGACCGUGUGUUGUUUAUGCUCAUGACGUGCGGCAUUCCCGUCAUCGUGUUCUUCGACUUUUGCUUCGUUGCACCCAGGUACCACGACACGUUCGACAAGUUCAUGUGGGUGCACAGUGCUUCGGCUGCAUUUAUCCUGUUCAACAUAUACGCCAACCUGUUCAAGCUCCUGCUGACUGACACCAGUGCGCACCACAUGGCGCACGACGUGCUCUUGCCUGGCUGGCGCUACUGCCCCGUGUGCGCGAUGAACGUGCCGCCCCGCUCGCAUCACUGCAGCGUGUGCAACGAGUGCAUACUCAAACACGACCACCACUGCAUGUUCACGGGCCGCUGCAUCGGCUUCUACAACCAGCGAUACUUCGUGGUUGCUCUCUUCUACAUGACGGCCGGCCUCUUGUACAGCCUCUGGUACAAGUGUCCCUAUGUGCUUGAAAUGCUUGGCGGCCUCAACCUGGUGACUGUGUUGCACAUGGUGGCUCCACAUUUUGGCCUUCUACUGGGUCUCGUCGAUGGCUGGCUGUUCGUGUGCACUCUGCUGAACCUUGUGGAGCUGGUGGUGUUCUUCUUGUGUGCCUACCUGCUGGCAGUGGAGCUCAUCUGUGUGGCCAGAAACCAGACCACCUACGAAAAGAGCCACGGCAUCCGCAUCUAUGGCCGGGGCCUCGGGAGAAACCUGAAAGAGUCGCUGGGUGCCGCAUGGUUCCUCGUCUGGUUGUCGCCUUGGGUCCAUUCCCCAGUCCCUGGAGACUUCGACGGUGGUGUGGUGUGUGUGGAAAAAAAAGAGCUGUGAUCCAUGUGGCUACUGACACAGGUUUUAUUUAUUAAUUCAACAAUGAAAAUUGUUCAGGCCGGGACACAAAGCAUAAAUUCCAGCAUUGUUUCAUUGUUAAAGGUCGCAAUUGAUAACUGAAUCUGCAACCAUUGAAAGGCUAGGUAAAGAGCGUGCGUCACUGUCUCAUCAUAGCUAGAUGCCACAUGCCUGAGCAGUAUCAUACUUAAAUUGCGAUCCGGUUUGUAAUAAAACGUAGAAAGUUAGUGCGUCCCUGUCUGUUUUGAACACUUGAAAACACUGUGGUUACGUUAGCAACGACCACCAGUUGAACGAUGCUCAUGCACAAUGAGACCAGAUGGGCUUCCGUGUCGUGCAGCCGUGAGUCUGGCCACCUUUGUCUGCGUAAUAGCCAGGAAAGGAGGGAAGAUGUGAGAUCCAUUUAUCAGCCAAGUCCUUGUUGGCCAAUGUGUGCCAGAGUUCAUUUAUACUGCACCAAGUGAGUCCUUGUAAUGCAAUCUUGAAGGUAUGUGUGACUCAUAGUUAUGUAUAUUAACGAGGAACCUUGGGUAAUACUUGUGCGUUUACGUAC